AUGUUCGCACAAACGAUCCUCCUAAUCCUCCUGCCUCUGCUACUCUCAUACCUCCUGCGCCGGGCCCGGCAUUUGCGAUUCAAGCAGUAUGGCGACUGGCCGCAGCUUCCCCCGUCCCUGGUCUGGGGUCAUAUGAAGGCGAUCAACGAGUUUAUUGUUCGAGGUGAAAAGAAGAGACAUAUUGACAUCAUAUUCCGCGAAAUCCAGGAGCAUCUGGGCAACCCCCCUCUGGUUCUAUAUGAUCUCCGCCCCUUGCAGCGUCCGUUGUGUGUGGUCAGAGACCAUGAGGUCGCGGAACAAGUAUCCCGGAAUACCAAGAAUUUCCCGUAUAGUAUGGGAAAGUCGCCGUGGAUGAAGACGUUGGAGCCUUUGUUGGGGUCCUAUUCCAUUAUUACGUCUGAGGGAGAGCAAUGGAAGGCUCUACGCAAGCGAUUCAACCCGGGCUUUGCACCUCAGCAUCUCCUGACUCUGCUGCCAUGUAUUCUUGACAAGACGAUGCGGUUCGCUGAGAUCCUUGAUGGGUAUGCUUGCAGCGGGGAGGAUUUCUCGUUAAACGAGCGGUGCGUUGGUCUUGUCUUCGAUAUCAUCGGCGCAGUGACCAUGGACAAAGACUUUCACGCUCAGCACGAUGCCAGCAAGCAGGACGAACUCGUCCGCCUCUACCGAGAGCUAACAGCCACAUACCGCAAUAAUAGCACCGUACAAUACGACUCGCUGAACCCGCGUGUACUCUGGCAGCGCCGAGUGUUAACUCGACGCAUUGAUGCCCUGAUAACAGAUCACAUCAAGGCCAAGUUCGCGGAGCUCAAGGAGUCAAAUGAGAAACUCUCCCGUAGCGUUCUGUCACUAAGUCUGCAAGACAUUGACCAUUUGGAUGAUCGGACCCUCCAGGAGACGUGCCAUCAGCUAAAGAGUUUUCUAUUCGCUGGUCACGACACCAGCAGUAUUCUGUUAGAAUGGGCUUUUUAUGAGCUCAGCCGCACCCCGCGAGCGCUGGAUACACUUCGUCGCGAAUUAGACGAUGUUUUCGGACCAGAGUCAUCCCCCGCAGCCGUGCAGGAGAAACUGUUGGCUCCGGGUGGUGAUGGUCUCCUCAAGAAAAUGUCGUACACGUCUGCGGUAAUCAAGGAGACCCUGCGGUUGUAUCCACCAUCAGGAUCGGCGAGGUAUAUGCCCCCUGGUACAGGAUUCAACGUUCAGUUGCCGAAUGGAAAGUCUCUCUGUCUGGACGGAGUGAUCAUUUACAACUGUCCGACGCUUAUUCAACGAGACGCGGCAGUCUAUGGACCAACGAAGGACGAGUUCCUGCCGGAGCGGUGGAUGGGAGAUACAGACACCGGACUGGGAUUGCCGAUGGAUAAUUCAGAUGACAAAGACAACGGUCCGGUCGCGGCAGGUCAAGUACCUGCCAGUGCGUGGAGGCCAUUCGAGCGGGGUCCGCGCAGCUGCAUCGGACAGGAGCUGGCUAACCUCGAGGCACGGGUAAUUUUGGCGUGUACCGCGAGACGAUUUGAUUUCGUGAAAGUGGGAUUAGGGGCGGUUGCGCGGGACAGCGCCGGCGAGCCUAUUCUGGAUGCGAAGGGACAGUAUGAAGUUGAAUCGGAGUUGUUUAAUACUAUGCAGGUCACCGCUAAGCCGGUGGAUGGAACAAUGAUGAAAGUCCGUGUCGCUGAGAUGUCGAACUGAGCUCGAUAUUGAAAUCAGGACCAGAAUUACUAAAAGGAUUCUACUGGCGGGAUUCUUUUU